GGAUUUCUCUUUUUCUUCUUAGUACAUUUUAAGAAUCUGAUGCACUUUGCUAAGGUUGAUGAAUCAACAGAGCUUAUCAGUGAAUUAAAAGCACUCAUUGCUAGCGGUGGUCAGGUUGGGCCGUUAGAUGAACGCAGGGUUCGAGCUGUAGUGGAUUCAAUUAAGGAAUCCUAUGAACAUGUUUGCUCAAUCGGAACUAAUCCUUAUGCUGAUGUAGCACAGGCGUAUUACGCAAGUUCGAUGAGUUAUUACAAGGCUAAGUAUCUACGCGACAAGCGUUGCCUGCUCGCUUAUUUGCUGUGGCGUCAACAACAAAUCACUAAUGCGUGGUGGUCCGCACAGGAUAAUGCUUUGCUGCCUUGCUUAUCACCAGCCGAAGUUCACUUCCUCGAAGAAUACGACAAUGUGAUGGUUGAAUAUAUGACUUCUUUUGCGGUCCCGCUUGAUCUGCGUGCCUUUAUAUGGAGGCCGCCUUCAACGCAACAAUUGGAAGUACGCGGGCUUGCAAACCACGUGUUUGUUUCUCCGGUAAGCGGAAAUACAAUUAGCAUUUACCCCGGUAAACAAGUGCUUCUGAGCUUCGAGGAUGCUGAGGCACUUCUUCAACAAAAAGCUGUAGAGAUCGUCCGAACUUGAGUAUGCUCCCUCAAGCUGAUUUGUAGCUUGUCAAUGGAUUAGCAAAGAUAGCAUAAAAAAUAAUAUAUCCACUCUUUCAUUCGUGCACACAAUUAUUGCGUGUGCGCAAUUCAAAUGAUGCCUUCCCGAUCAUUGGUAUAUGUACGCUUCUGAA